AUGACACGGCCAGGGGCGCCACCUUGCCCUGAGGGAUUCGGGAGGUAUCUUUGUAACCCCGUACGAAUAUCCUUCAUGGAACAAGGGAAAAGGGCAACAAAAUGGGACGCUGGAAAAACUUGGGGAAUCAGACUUUACAACAGGGCGGGAGACCCGGGAAUGCUAUUUACUCUUCAAGUGCAGGCAGCACCCCCUCACCAGCAGACUCCCGUAGGAAUAGGACCUAACCAAAUACUUGCCCCACGACCUGCUCCCACCCGGGUGCGGAUCCCGGCCUCCCAGCCUUCUGCAUCCCCUGUUUCUGCUGGGGCACCUCCCACCCCAAGUCACUCCCUACCGUCUAAUGCAGACCUCCUGUGGAAAACGGUUGAAGGAGCGUAUCGCAUUCUGAACGCUUCUAGACCUGAACUAACCAAGUCUUGCUGUCUCUGUCUAGAUGCCAAACCACCAUACUAUGAGGGUUUCACAAUUAAGGGCGAUUAUACAGCAGCCUCAACUACCAGCUCCUGCAGGUGGCAGCAAACUGCUGCAAGGUUGACCCUCCAGGCGGUGACAGGGCAAGGAACUUGUAUAGGCAACGUCCCUUCUGAACAGUCACAUCUCUGUAACGAAACUCUAGCUACCCCUAAAGCAGCAGCGUAUCUUUUGCCCCCUGAGAAUGCAUGGUGGGCCUGUUCCAGUGGCCUCGCUCCUUGCAUCCAUUCCUUAGUCCUUAAUUCCCAAAAAGAGGGUUUCUGCAUACUUGUGCAGUUAAUCCCUAAGCUAAUAUAUCACUCGGGAGAAGAAGUUCUUAACAGAAUAGACGCUAUUAACUCCCGAAGCAAAAGGGAGCCUAUUACUGCCCUAACUGUGGCAGCUCUCUUGGGACUAGGACUAGUGGGGGCCAGAACUGGAAUAUCCUCGCUUGUCAUACAAGACAAGAACUAUGGAGCCCUGAGAGCAGCCAUUGACUUAGACAUAGAAAGAAUUGAGAAAUCCAUCACCCAUCUGCAAGAAUCCCUUACUUCCUUGUCUGAAAUAGUACUCCAAAACAGAAGAGGUCUAGACCUGCUAUUCAUGCAGCAGGGGGGCCUAUGUGCAGCUCUAGGGGAGGAAUGCUGUUUCUAUGUUGAUCACUCAGGAGUUGUAAAAGAAACCAUGGCCCUUGUAAGGGAAGGACUGCAGAAGCGAAAGCUAGAGAGGGAGCAGUCUCAGUCUUGGUAUGAAUUCUUGUUUAACUGGUCCCCAUGGUUAACUACUCUUGUCUCUGCCCUCGUCGGACCCCUUGUAAUCCUCCUAAUGUUGCUAACUUUCGGCCCUUGUAUUAUUAACAAGUUAGUCCAAUUUGUCAAGGAACACAUAGGGAUAGUUCAGUUAAUGGUCUUGCAAUCUCAAUACCGGCCUCUGCCGACAGAGGACGAGAUAGAAAUGCAGCCCAUCUCAUAA